GCCACGCCCGCUCCUGAUUUGAUCCGUCUGUUGCUGCCGAACACGUGUCUUGGUCUUGACACAAUCAGCCAGCUCUGAUGCCUGUCUGGACGCUGUCCGCUCUUGCCGGCCACUGCCCCAAGAUUUCUCCUUCGCUCCCAUCCCGUCCCUCUAUCCCAUCCCUCCCUCCCGAUUCCGCUGCUUGUUUCGCCCAUUCGUCAUGUCCAGCUACCCCUCCGGACCAGGCUAUCUUCCCUGGCAGACCAACCCCGAGCUGGCCGACUGUGUCUUUGUGGUCGAUUCGCAAAUCUAUAUGCUGCAUAGCUCCGUCUUGACCACCAAGAGCAAGUAUUUCCAGACUCAAUUCGGCCAGGCGCCGCCUUCGGUGCAGCGGCCGUACCAGCAGCAUCUGCCCAGCACCAUCUCCGCGCCAUCAUUCGAAACCCUGCUCAAGUACCUGUAUGAAAACAAGUUUGAUCCUCCGGAGCCAGCGGAUGGGGCGCUGAGUCAAGGUGAUCGGCCAGAUCAGCAUCUCUAUCAACAUUCGUAUCAACACCAACAGCCGCUGCAGUCACCGCCGUCACAACUGCCACCACCGUCACAGUAUCAACAGCCGCAACAACAGCAACAAGCCAAGCCGCUGCUCUAUAGCGUCAGUGUCCCAAAGGUGUCGCACACCCCGAUAGCGCUGCUCGUGGAGCUGUAUGGCCUCGCGGCCGAGUAUCAGAUCGAGGACCUCCGACUCACCGUCGCCAAGGCCAUCGUCGCUCGCCUCAAUGUGGACACUGUCCGAGAGAUGCUCGUCAAGGCCCAGUCGCUCGGUAUCCAGCUGCUCUUGGACAUGGCAGAGUCGUUUGCUCGCCGCAACGGCAUGGUCCUUGUGGCUGGGCCGGACGACAUGGUCACCGAUUCCAAUGGCGAUGACCAAAGCACUUUGGCCGCUGUCGCUGCUUCGGGACCGGGUCGGCCCAGAGUAGCGGCUCCAGCCCCCAUUCUGGAACGCCGGACGAUCCGGCCGCUCAAGAAGGUUGCUCGGCCUCGGCUGGAGGAGCCGUCAUCAGAUAGGACGGGAUAGGAUCGAAUCGGAUGAGAUUGGAUCGGGUGAGAGAUGGGAUCGGAUAGGAUCGCGCCGGGUGUUCUCAAAGCCGGUGUUUGGAUGCGAUAGGGCGUGGAAUCGGGAUGGU